GUGAUUGGCUAUUAGAGGAUAUAAAGGGCAUCCAUGGGAGCUGUGAAGUAGACUUCAUUCCAUUUCUAAGGAGGAACGGGUUAAGCUUUUUGCAAAUUAAGGAGAAUAAAGGAGACAUCAAAAUGAAGCAGAUUUUAAUCUCAAUGUGCCUUCUGGUCUCCACCUUUGCUGCUCCUUUGGCACCAGGCAGUGACAGCAGUGAGGUUGCAUUACAUGCUAAUGAGGCCCUGAGGUUGAUGGAAAUGUACAGGCUGUACCAGCAGCAGGGACGUGGAAACCCCUUCCUUCCAGCUGCUGAUGCCCCUGCUAAUUCAGCUGGUGCGCCUGCGGUGGUUGCUCUGCAAGCCCAGCUUGCUCCUGUUCCUGCAGAGGAUGCGUCUGAUGAGGAGGCCGAGGAUGGGAACCCCGCUCCCAGAAUUGCAGUUCCCGGUGCUCCUGCUGCUCCUCUAAACUCUGAUGAAGAGGAAGAGGCUGAGGAGGUGGAGGCAGCUGAGGUCGAGCCGACUAUGGUGGACGUUGCACCUGCAGACCCCACAGUAGCCCCAGCAGCAGACCCCGCAGCAGCUGCUGAGCCUGAACUGGUCGCCAUCCCUCAAGACGUUGCACCAGUUGAUGGUGUUGUGGUUGCCGUGCCCCCUGUAGACGUUGUUCCUGUCGACGCCGCCGCUGAGGUGGCUGUUGACGUAGCUGGCCCUGUUGCUACUGAUAUUCCUGCUCUUGAUGCUGCUGCAGCCGCAGCGGCUGCUGAGGUUGUUGCUACACUGUAAUUAUCAACCUCUCCCAGUCUGUGAAGGUGUAUUCUGUGUUUACGGAAAAUUAGAGCUUGAAACACACAAAGCUUACUUAGUUGUGGCUUUCUUGAAUGAACAUGGGAAGAAGCCAUUAAAAAAAAAUGAGGAAAGAUCCGUAAUACAUAAAAAGUAAAAGCCGCAUGUUGUUUGUCCACAGUUAAACCAUUAUCCAGAUGUGGAUUUUUAUUUUUGUUUUGCUCUUUUCCCUUUUAAAAUUUCUUGACUAAAAUGUUUUAAUUGGCUGGCAGUUUCCACUGUUUCUACUGUGUGAGUGCAUGUGACAAAAGGUCAGAUAUGUAUUAUGUUAUAAUUUCUGCCGUCCGCAUUUUACUGUUAAAAAUUAAAUCCAAUCUCUUUGAACUUAA